GUUUCUAUUUAGCUGAAAGCCUACAGAGGGGGAGAAAGGAGAGCGUGUGGUGCCUUCGUCGCUGCGGAGCCGACAGAGGGACGGCGCCGAGCUGCUGCGAGAACGCGCCGCCAGGAGCAGCGACAGCCGCUGCCCGCACCGACCCGCCGCAGCUGGAUAAAGCACAACGAACUGGAAAUGAGGCCAAGCCUCACCCUCUUAGGGGAGAAAAGGGGCAGCGUUCCGGCCGCUUUCCCCAGGCUCACGAUGUUGACAGCUAUGUUCUUGGCUGCUCUCGUUCUUAUUACAGUACAUUCGCAGGAAACUGAGGAAACCAUAACAUACACGCAAUGCACAGAUGGCUAUGAGUGGGAUCCUGUUAGGCAACGGUGCAAAGACAUUGACGAAUGUGAAAUAGUCCCAGAUGCAUGUAAAGGUGGGAUGAAAUGUGUUAACCACUAUGGAGGAUACCUCUGUCUACCCAGAACAGCACAGAUUAUUGUAAAUGAGCGAGAAGAAGCAGCGGCUGAAUCCACUAGCGGUCGAAAUAAUGUCAUUCGACGAACUCCAGCUGAUCCUCACCGUGCCCCUCCAAACCCAACUCAUCAAAUUCAGUGUGCAGCUGGGUAUGAGCAAAGUGAUCACAAUGUGUGCCAAGAUAUAGAUGAAUGUGCAACUGGAACCCAUAAUUGUAGAGCUGACCAAGUAUGUGUCAAUUUAAGAGGGUCCUUCAGCUGCCAGUGUCCUCCAGGCUAUCAGAAACGAGGGGACCAAUGCAUGGACAUUGAUGAAUGCACCCUGCCUCCAUAUUGCCACCAUCGAUGCAUGAACACUCCUGGUUCCUAUUACUGCCAAUGCAAUGCUGGUUUCCAGCUCGCGUCCAACAACCACACUUGUGUAGACAUAAACGAAUGCGAUGCCAAUAACCCAUGUGCGCAACAGUGUUACAAUAUACUGGGUUCUUUCAUCUGUCAAUGCAAUCCAGGCUUUGAGUUAAGCAGUGAUAGAAUCAACUGUGAAGACAUUGAUGAAUGCAGAACAUCAAGUUAUAUAUGUCAAUAUCAGUGUGUUAACGAACCAGGAAAAUUCUCAUGUGUCUGCCCUGAAGGAUACCAGGUAGUAGGAGGCAGAACAUGUCAUGAUAUAAAUGAGUGUGAGACUACUAAUGAGUGCAGAGAGGAUGAAAUUUGCUGGAAUUACCAUGGAGGAUUUCGUUGUUACCCAAGAAAUCCUUGUCAAGAGCCUUAUGUCCUUACAUCUGAAAACCGCUGUGUCUGCCCUGUAUCAAAUGCCAUUUGCCGAGAGCUGCCUUACUCUGUGGUGUACAAAUACAUGAGCAUCCGUUCAGACAGAACAGUGCCUUCAGAUAUCUUCCAGAUUCAAGCAACCACUAUUUAUCCUAAUACUAUUAAUACAUUUCGGAUCAAGUCUGGAAAUGAAAAUGGAGAAUUUUACCUGAGACAAACAAGUGCCGUCAGUGCAAUGCUUGUACUCGUGAAGUCACUAUCAGGACCAAGAGAACACAUUGUGGAUCUGGAGAUGCUAACAGUGAACAGUUUGAAUUACCGUACAAGCUCAGUGUUAAGAUUAACAAUAAUAGUGGGACCUUAUGCAUUUUAGUGGUUUUCAAUAACCUUUCAGUGGCACUUAAAGUAGCCAAAGAAUAUUAUCUUAAAGAAAGCACUUAUUAUUUUAUUUAUAGAUUUUGCUCUCUUUUUAAAAAAGAUUUGUUUAGUAAGUUGAUAUCCUUAAUCUGCACAUUUACACCUGUAAUUCCAAAUUAGUAGAUGUGUUUCAUAGUAUACAGAUGGGCAUUGUCACUUUCUGUAUAAAGACUGAAAUUGGUUUUUUUAUUACCUUUCUUGGACUAGAUACCUACUACACUUUUGUAUGAGAACUGUAUGUUCAUACUAUCCUGUAAAACUUCACAUACCCCUCCUAGCCAAAUAGGUCAUGCAAUUAAAUGGUGAUUUUCUGUGUUGUUUUUAUUUUCAAUUCUAAUGCAGCUACACUGACAAUCUCAAAAAGAAAAAAAAUUAUAUAGUAUGAAUGAUACACAAAGUAACGUUAUAAGCUAAAGUAUAUUUCUUCUUUCUAACAACAUUGUAACAGAAGACAACAGUCAAUAAAAAUCUAUUUCUGUAGACA